AUGAUUCAAGCUUCAACUAUUGCUUUUGUUGCAUUUGUUGUGACAACAGUUAAUGCUUUCACGACAUUUGAAAUUCAAUAUCAAAAUGCAGCAUUAAAACAUCAUAAUUAUUUACGUGCUCGUCAUUGUGCAUUACCUCUUAAACUUGAUGAUGAACUGAAUACAAUAGCACAAGAUUAUGCUGAUUAUCUUGCAAGAACGAAUUCAUUUCAACAUUCAAAUAAUGGCUAUGGAGAAAAUCUUUAUAUGUCAAGUUCAUCAAGCCCAAUUACAUCUGUUGAUGGAACUGAAGCAACUCAAACAUGGUAUGAUGAAAUACAAUAUUAUAAUUUUAAUAGACCUGGUUUUUCUUCCCAAACUGGCCAUUUUACACAAGUCGUUUGGGAAGGAUCAGUUGAACUCGGUGUUGGUAUUGGUUUCAGUAGUGAUCAACGUAGGGUUUAUGUUGUCACAAAUUACUGGCCCCCAGGCAAUUUUCAAGGUCAAUAUGCCGAAAAUGUAUCUCCACCUAAUUGCUAA